CAAUUUAGGUUUUGGUAUGCGAUCACCCUACCUUUUCGACGAACUGUUCCCGCAGUUGCGCUUGCUACGCUGUUUUGGACGGUUGUGUACAAUGUUGGUGUUCGGUACUGGAAAGGACCUGAUCAUCCUGUGAAUCGUUUUCGAUGGAGAAGGAUGAAGAAAGAAGGGCUUCUGUCGGACGAAUUGUUAGAGAAGGAAAGAGUGGUACUAGAUUAUCAUAAGUCACGGAUUCUCGAUCCUCCACCUGGGCCCUGUACCCAUGAUCUUUACAAUUACAAUAAAUCCCCACUUUAA